UCCCUGGGGAACAUCUGACCUGGGAACAGGAUGUCUUUCAGCUCAUUAUACUGGAUAAACACGUCGCUGGGGAGUUGGUGAUUUCUACUUUAAUGAUGAUUGUUCCCAUUGUUGCUCCGUGGCUCACCAGCGCGUCCUUUAUCCCGUGAAGGAUCAGAGAACUCUAACAGCCUGAUUUCACGCUAAGCUCUCCAGCAUGCAUGAGGAGCUUAAAUGGAACCCCGUGAAAUCCACUUGAGAAUGCCCGACCAUCUCCAACCAAACUCCAGCGAAGGGUCGCUCGUGUCUGGCGGCAGGCGGGCAAAAUGGGCAACGCCAUGCGUGGCGUCAUCGCCUUCAUUCCGUCACAGCGCUGCCAACGCUUCCUGGUGGGAGACCUGAAGGAGAUGCCUCUGGAUCGGACCCUGGACCUGAGCAGCCACCAGCUGAGACAGCUGCCCGUGGCCGCCUGUCUUUUUGACGAGCUGGUCAAGCUCUACCUGAGCGACAACAACCUCAGCAGCUUGCCGGAGGAACUGCACCGCCUGAGGAAGCUUCAGCUGCUGGCCCUGGACUUCAAUUGCUUUGAGGAGCUACCUGCGGCUGUCUGCAGACUCCCCCAGCUCAGCAUCCUCUACUUGGGGAACAACAGACUGUACCACCUCCCCAAGGAGCUCGGGGAGCUGAAGGAACUGAACACGCUGUGGCUGGAGACCAACUGCUUCACUGUCUUCCCGCAUGUGGUGUGCGAGCUCCCCAACCUCAAAACCCUGCACCUUGGCUACAACCAGAUCCGCAGCGUUCCUGAUGAACUUGGAAGGCUGGGAGAGCUGAGAAGUAUCUGGCUGGCCGGGAACGAGCUGGCGGAGUUCCCUCCGGUGUUGCUGGAGAUGCACUUCCUGGCUGUCAUUGAUGUGGACCGCAACAGGAUCCAGCGUUUCCCAGGCCUGUCCCACCUGCAGGGGCUGAAAGUGGUCAUCUACGACCACAACCCCUGUGUCAAUGCCCCCGUGGUGGCCGCCGGGGUCCGGAGGGUCGGCCGCUGGGCGGACUGCUCAGAUGACGAGCAAGAAGACGAAGGCUCAAAGGCGGCCGCUGAGUCCACAGCCAAGGUUGCGGAGGUUGACCCAGAGGAGGAAGUCACCCUUUGAGGUCAAGGAAGUGACAUUGGGCCGUGGGGGGGCCCCACAGUACAGGAUGCCACUUGAGUGGGUCACUUCAGGCAAAGUGGGUGUCCGGUGAGGAGAACUGCAUCAGCUUCCUGGAUGGAAACCAUGCUGGCUGUUUGACCAUACGGCUAGCCGCCAUAUUUAGGUUGGUUCUGGUGUUUGUAUGGAUAUAUAGAAUACACCAUUAUACACCAUAUUAUUGUAUAAUGCAGUAUAAGGUUUGAUACACUCAAGUAUUUGUAAAUGGCUAUGUGUGGUGAUUAGUUAUGGCCUUAUGAUCUGUUUUGGAUUCCUCAUACGCCAUAUUCAUAUAAGUGCUUUAGAUUUGGUGUUUAUAAGUUCAACCUCAAAGUGUUUAUCAUUCCAUGAGAAUGGCGAAGCGGAACUUUGGCUGAUCCCGAUGACGGCGGUAAGCAACCAUAGUCCUUCCUCGCUGAUAUACGAAUAAAGCCUGCUGGUUCCUGGAUGAAUACGACCUCUUGGUGGCUACAUUGAAGCUAUUUUGGCUAAAUGAAGCAUUGUCCAGCAUACAAAUGACCAAAUGAACUCAAAUACCAAUGAAGAUGAUUCAAAUUGUGAACGUCAUUUUUCCACCAGACAAGCAACAGACUUGAUUGGCAGAAAACACUUCCUGUCCAGCACCCAUUCCGCUCCUCCGCUUGCAUGGGAACACCGCGACACCAACUUGUUUAUUUUCACUCGCUGUUGUACUAUAUUGGCUAA